UGGGAGUCGCCCGCCCGCCAGCCCGCCAGGGCCUCGCCUCCGGCCGCUCCCUCCGCCUCCUCCCCGCCCCGAGCUCCUGUCCGCCCGUCUUUCCUUCCCCUCCCGUGCAUGAUGGAAACACCAUGGCUGCGGUGGCCCAGCUCUCCCUGACACAGUUAUCAAGUGGGAAUCCUGUAUAUGAAAAAUACUAUAGGCAGGUUGAUGCCAGCAAUACUGGAAGAGUAUUGGCUUCUGAUGCUGCUGCUUUCCUGAAGAAAUCAGGGCUACCAGACUUGAUACUUGGAAAGAUUUGGGACUUAGCUGACACUGAUGGCAAAGGAAUCCUAAACAAACAAGAAUUCUUUGUUGCUUUGCGUCUUGUGGCCUGCGCUCAGAAUGGAUUGGAGGUUUCAUUGAAUAGUUUGAACCUGGCUGUUCCUCCACCAAUAUUCCAUGAUACCAGUAGUCCUUUACUAAUCAGUGGGACCUCUGCAGCUGAGCUCCCAUGGGCUGUAAAAUCUGAAGAUAAGGCCAAAUAUGAUGCAAUUUUUGAUAGUUUAAACCCAGUGAAAGGACUUCUGUCUGGUGAUAAAGUGAAACCAGUGUUGCUCAACUCUAAGUUACCUGUGGAUAUCCUUGGAAGGGUUUGGGAAUUGAGCGAUAUUGACCAUGAUGGGAUGCUGGACAAAGAUGAGUUUGCGGUUGCCAUGUUUUUGGUGUACUGUGCAUUGGAGAAAGAACCUGUGCCAAUGUCCUUGCCACCAGCCUUGGUGCCACCUUCUAAGAGAAAAACGUGGGUGGUAUCUCCUGCAGAAAAAGUGAAGUAUGAUGACAUCUUCCAGAAAACUGAUAAAGAUAUGGAUGGAUUUGUGUCUGGAUUGGAAGUCCGAGAAAUCUUCCUGAAGACAGGUUUACCUUCUACCUUACUAGCUCAUAUUUGGGCAUUAUGUGACACAAAGCACUGUGGGAAACUUUCAAAGGAUCAGUUCGCCUUGGCUUUUCACUUAAUCAACCAGAAGUUAAUGAAGGGUAUAGAUCCCCCUCACAUUCUUACUCCUGAGAUGAUUCCACCAUCAGACAGGGCCAGUUUACAAAAGAACAUUUCAGGAUCAAGUCCUAUUACAGAUUUCUCUGCUAUUAAGGAGCUAGACACCCUUAACAAUGAAAUAGUUGACCUACAGAGGGAAAAGAAUAAUGUGGAACAGGACCUUAAGGAGAAGGAAGAUACUGUUAAACAGAGAACAAGCGAGGUUCAGGAUCUUCAAGAUGAAGUCCAGAGGGAGAAUAGUAAUCUGCAAAAACUACAGGCCCAGAAGCAACAAGUACAGGAACUUCUUGAUGGGCUGGAUGAGCAGAAAGCCCAGCUGGAGGAGCAACUCAAAGAAGUCAGACAGAAAUGUGCUGAGGAGGCUCAGCUGAUAUCAUCCCUGAAAGCUGAACUAACUAGUCAGGAAACACAGAUCUCUACCUAUGAAGAAGAACUGGCCAAAGCAAGGGAAGAGCUUAAUCAUCUGCAGCAGGAAACAGCAGAAUUGGAGGAGAGUGUGGAGUCAGGGAAGACUCAGCUGGGGCCUCUUCAACAGCAGUUGGAAGAUUCACAGCAGGAAAUCAGUUCCAUGCACAUGAAAUGGAUGGAAAUGAAAGAACUAGAGAACCAUAAUAAUCAAUUAAAUUGGUGCAAUAGCCCACAGAGUGUUCUUGUAAACGGUGCCACAGAUUACUGUAGCCUCAGCACCAGCAGCAGUGAAGCAGCCAACCUGAAUGAGCCCAUUGAAGGCCAGAGCAACCUAGAGUCUGAGCCCAUACACCAGGAGUCUCCAGUGAGUAGUCCUGAAAUACUGCCUGCUGGUGUGACUGAUGAAAAUGAAGUGGUGGCUACAGCAAUUAAUGAAAAAGUUUGUUCUGAAUUUAGCAGUGACAGACAUUCAAAAGAGGAAGAUCCAUUUAAUGUAGAAUCAAGUUCACUGACAGAUCCAGUUGCAGAUUCAAACUUGGAUUUUUUCCAGUCUGAUCCUUUUGUUGGCAGUGACCCUUUCAAAGAUGACCCCUUUGGGAAAAUUGAUCCGUUUGGAGGUGAUCCUUUCAAAGGUUCAGAUCCAUUUGCAUCUGAUAGUUUCUUCAAGCAGUCUUCUACUGAUCCUUUUGCUACUUCAAGUUCUGAUCCUUUCAGCACAGCCAACAGUAACAGUACUACAUCGGUUGAAACAGUGACGCACAAUGAUCCUUUUGCUCCUGGUGGAACUGUAGUUGUUGCGGCAAGCGAUUCAGCCACAGACCCCUUUGCUUCUGUUUUUGGAAAUGAAUCAUUUGAAGAUGGAUUUGCUGACUUCAGCACAUUGUCAAAGGUCAACAAUGAAGAUCCCUUUAGUUCGGCCACGUCAGGCUCUAUUAGCAGCGGAGUUGUUACAAAAAAUGUGCUUGAAGAAACACCAGUGAAAAAUGAAGAUGUACCCCCAGCACUGCCACCAAAGAUUGGGACUCCGACAAGACCCUGCCCACCACCACCUGGGAAAAGACCCAUCAACAAAUUGGAUUCUUCUGAUCCCUUUAAACUGAAUGAUCCAUUUCAGCCUUUCCCAGGCAAUGAUAGUCCCAAAGAAAAAGAUCCUGAUAUGUUUUGUGAUCCAUUUACUUCUGCUACUGCCACUACCAAUAAAGAGGCUGACCCAAGCAAUUUUGCUAACUUCAGUGCUUAUCCCUCUGAAGAAGAUAUGAUUGAAUGGGCCAAAAGAGAAAGUGAGAGAGAAGAAGAACAGCGACUUGCCCGACUAAACCAGCAAGAGCAAGAAGACUUAGAACUGGCUAUUGCACUUAGCAAGUCUGAGAUAUCAGAAGCAUGAAGAACUCUGUCCUGUGUCAACCACACAGUACUCUUCUUUCAGAAAACUGAAGCUAUUUACAGUGUGUUUCAAAACUACCUAUUGAGCAUGGGAAUACAAAAGGUUUGAGAUUCCUAUCAAUGUGAUGAAAGUUUUGGGUUUUUUGUUCUUUGUCAUUGUUGGAUUUUUUUGUUUUGCUUAAUUUUUUUACUCCAUUUCAAAUUUGUCUUUUUUUUUUUUUCCUUCUCCUGUCAAAGCAGUAACUUAGAUAACUUUUCCUAGGGCCCUGUGUGCAUUUAUUGUGAGCUUUUGCCUGCCUAUGCUACUUUUACUUGUAAAGCUAGAGUUCUCAAGAUUCUGCCUUCUGAAAUAUAGAAGAAAAAUAGUUUCACCCCGUGCUACUUGUCCUAUAGUUACUCUGAUAAUAGCUAGUGGGGUUCUUAAAGUUUUUGCAGUAUUCUUCCCUGAUUUGAAUGGUUGAGGGAAGGGAAGGGAAAGAACAUCCUAUUUCUUUUAUGAUAGUGCAAAUUGUGCAUGUUUGUAUUUCCUAGUAAUAAUAGGCUCUUCAAUUUGCUGAUAGACAAGGAAAAAAUAUUUUCCAUUAAUUGACUCCACUGUUGAAACAAAAGAUGCUUUAGUUUGAACCAUUACAACUUCAGGCUCUGUCUUUUUUCUAAAUAAAAAUAUUAAAGCCUCAUAUGUAAAAUAGAUUUUUUUUUUUCUGGACUUAAAAAGCAUGAUUUUAAGUGCUAGACAGUGGGAGAAAAAUAUCACCUAAAGUAUGCCUGUCAGUAUCAAGGAAGCAAGAAUCUUAACUGAGCAGCCAUUCUGCCUUUGCCAUGGCACUGUCCUUUCUAGUUCAUGGUAAAUUUAUUUUUGUACUUCUGCUGAAGAAAUUUUAGCAAGUAAAACUGGAAGGUACUUCAAUUUUUUAUACAUUUUUUCUUUAAUGAAGGCUUAAUUACUUGAAGUAUAAAAAAGCUCACUAAAUGAGAAAAGUGACAUUAAAUCAUACUGUUUUUUGUCUACCUUUAUGCUUUAAAAUAGUUUGUCCUCAUGUUACCUAUAAAAUUGGCAGAGUAACAAAAAUAAAUCUUGUUUUUUUAAUUGAAGGAAAAGAGGUCUGCCAAUUUGUCAGAGCUCUUAGUAUGUAACCCUGACGUAGCAGACAAGCUGGAUUUGAAAUAGACUGUGAAGUAGGCUGCAAGUUGUACAAUAAUCUUCAUUUUUCUAAUGUUCAUUACUGCAAUAGAUAACAUAUUGAAUACCACGAUAAAGAAAAAUGCACCUAAAAACUAAUUAAAAGCCUCUGUGGCCAUGAAGUCAAGGUGGUUUGGACCUGUGUUAACCAGAGUAAUGUACUGCCAAGCCUGUGACUAAAUCGUAGAAUAUACAAUUCAGCUCACUUUGAAUUGGUGCUUUUUUCUCUCCAUCCACAAUUAGACUACUGACAUUUAAAACAAAUUUAAGCCACUUUCUUGCACUGCUUUUUUCUACUUUUAUAAAUUGAAACAUUUCUGCAUAAAAAUCAUACAUAAGCAAGGGCUGAAUCAUAAUAAUCACAAGGCUUUAAUAUUGAGAAACUAUAUUCAGUGACCUAAAAUUAUACUGCAACAGUUAAUAGAGAAGGUAGUAUUGUGAUAGAGUUGUGAUAGAUAGUGGUUUGGGUUUUCUCCUUUCCCUUACACUGCAGGAAAAAGGUAAGUUGACUUGAGUAACCUUCUUUUGCACUGGGAAAACGAAUAGCUGUUUGAAAAGCUUUUAAAAUAUUUUUUUUAAUUAAAGCACACUCUGGAAAAUAUUAAAUAUAAGUAACUUAUAAACACCAACUUUCAAUGUAAUAACUGUACCCUAAUCUUAUAUAUGUUUAACUGGAUUACGUAGAUACUUAUCUUUUGUUAAAAUAUGUAUUCUCAGUGGACCAAUAUAUUAAAAUAUGUAUAUAUUAGAUAAAAUAUAUAUCUAUAUCUCCAUGCUUACUUGUGUAGGAUGAAUGUCUUAAGAGUUGUUUGUGAUUACAUUUUGUUGACUCUGGCUCCACAGCCUGUGCUUGAAAAGGAGAAAUUAAUAUACCUGAGAGCUAAUUGGCACUACUUACAGUUUUAACCAUCUUUUACAUGCUCAUUGAGAUUUAUUUGGACACUCCAUAGAAUUUUCUCUAAUGUUUCAAACUUCUAAAUUGUAGCCUAUAAUUAUGAGAAUAAACUUUUAAGUGAUAAUAAAGCAUACUAUCAUCCUACUUGAAA